GACAUUUUCGUCCCUGAGCAUUUGAAAAUACUUUUAAAUCCCUGACCUUCACAAAUCUUGGACGGAUGAGUCCCUCCGUCGAAUUGCCUCUGCCAGACUCGCCGGAGAAGUCUGAUGUGGCUCUCGUGCGGAUGACGUGGCAUGACUGGUUGACACCUGGACUGCUGACUGGAAAGCUACAUUAUAAAAUUGGACAAAUAAGUCCCUGCACCACUAAACUACGUCGUUUUGAUUUCAUCCCUAAUCCUUAAAUUGAUUGCGUUCUUUCUGGAGGCCAGUGUGAGGAGCUCAACCUGCAUCAACCAUGGCUGCUAAUGGAGCAUCAGCAAUGUCGAGAAGAAGCCGCAGAGGAGUAAGAGAAGAAAAUUAUGCUUCAAGCUCAGACCCUUGUGUUGUGCACGACGGAGACCUGAAGGACGAUGUCGCCCCGAGAUGCUUUUGUGGAGUUUAUGCGAUAAUGUAUAUGUCGAAGACGAUUAGCAACCCAAACAGAGUCUUUUUGGGUUGCCCAUUCUAUAAGGGAAACCAACUGCAUUGCAAGUUUUUUCUUUGGGUCGAUGAGCAUCUUGUUAGAAUUGGAAGCAGUGGUUGCAUCUUUGAUAAAAGACCUCUGAUUGAGAAAGAGGCAGAAGUUGUUGAAGAGGAAGAGGGAUUUCGUCAUAGGAUGGCUGUACUGGAGGAGAAGGUUACUGUGUUAGAGAAGAAAAAAAAUUCGUUAGCUUGUUGUGUUGUUAUAAUUGUAUGUGCAGUUGUGGCUGCUUUUUAUGUAUUUAGUGACUGAGCAAUGAAUUUUAGAAAGUAGAGUAGGAAAAUGUGUUGAUCCUGGUUUUUGUUGUGUAUUGAAACAUGCUGUUUAGGCAAUUUAUGUAUCAUAUUAUCUAUCUAAAUGCAAUUAAAGUUAUGAUAU